UUCGCGACAUCUCCGAGUUCCGACAGAACGACCCCUUCGCAAAUUUCCCGCUGCCUGCGGCGUGCUGGACCCCUUCGUAUGACCAUAUUUUCUGUGGGAACUCCCUUCGAAGGUCACACCGACAUUGUCAGAGGUCUAGCACUUUCAUCCGACUGCACUUUCCUUGCCAGCUCUUCAGACGAUAACACCGUCAAGCUCUGGGCCUUCGAGUCCCGCCAACUCCUCGCUUCCUUCGACGUUCAACGUCCCCGUGCCCUUGUCCUCUCACCCGACUUGCGCCAACUAGCUUACGUGACAUCCAGCCCGACGGACUCCCGCCAACUUGAACGUACUUACCCGAGGUACAUUGGCUACGAGAUCCACAUAUGCAACAUUCCACCCGACGUCCUUGCUCAGACCAGUGCACAAAACAAGCCAACCCUCACUGAUGUACUAAGAUCUGACGCAACUCGUCGUCGUCCUGCUAUGCGCCACAGACCACCAAUACAUGCCAUACCUAUGUCGCAAAGACCACCGCCUGCAAUCAACCCUCAUCAACCCAUUUUGCUUCGCCUCCGUAACAUCUUCCCUUCUCUUCUAGCACAAACGCAGUUCUGGCUGUUCAGAACAAUCAGACUCGGGUUCCUCUAGAUUUCCCUGCUACAUCCGCCCUACCAUCCAAUGCCGCCCUCUCAGUGCAGCCCACAGCUCGGAUUGAGGUUGUCAGUCCUCCAUGUUUUGGAAAAAACUUGCGGUGUAACUGAACGUGCAUCCAGUUCGAAUUAAGUUCUCCGCGUCCCCCCUCGAACGGAGUCGCCCAAUUUAUGCGGGAGCAGCUUUUUUUGCUUGUUCCAAGGCAUGGUAAUGGGCCGCCAGUUAUUAAUGUCGCGGCCGGGCGGAAGUUCACUGUAACAUACAUGUUAUUACCUCUGAGUGCCUUUUGCUUAUU